AUGACCUUAGAGAGAUGGGUGGAGAAGCCACCGGAGGAUUAUCUCAAGAGACUACCCAUUUGGAUCUGCUUACGUAAUAUUCCGGUGAACCAUGAUACUAAGGAUACAAUACAUGAAAUUGCUGAGCAUAUUGAGACUGUAACGGAUGUGGCUUUUGACCCACUAAAGCCACAAAGUAAAGGUUACGUGAGGGUUAGGGUUCUUUUUGAUGUGAGUCGUCCUUUAAAGAACUCGAGGUUGCUUCAAACUUCAACAGGAGAGAUGGUGACUAUUAAUAUCGAGUAUGAGCGGAUUAGAAGGCGGUGUUAUCAGUGUCAACGUCUUACACACGACAAAGAUCACUUUCCUUUUAACCCUUUGAACCGGCAAGAGAUUGCUACGGGUGGGGUUAAAAAAGCUGCUAUGAUUCCGGCGAGACUUCUACCUCAGAUUAGUGAGGAUGAUCCGCUUUUCGGUGUUUUAACAAAUGAAGACGUGGGGAUUGAUUUUGCAACCGGCAAACCAAAGAUUGCAAAAGAAGUCCUUGAUGAGAUGCGGCAAUACUUAUCGGUCGCUGAUCCUAAGCUGAAGAAAAUUCAUAUUGCUAGGGUGCGCAAGUCAGUUUGGGAUCUUGAAGGUGAUCACUUGCAAGGGCAAAAGUCGAUGCUUCGUUUGGAGGCUCCUGCAAAGUUCACAACAGACGUGAAUAAAGGAAAAGGUCUCGUGUUUAACUUUGAAGGUGUGGGUACAAGCCUAGAGAUCGCGGAUGACCGUGUUACCGCAGCUGUGGCUCAAAGGAAGGCCAUGUCUCGCCUCUCACAACCAGUGGAGUCUAGGUCGGCUACUUAUGCGACAGCUUCACAACAAGGCCUUGGUUUUACGGGUUUUAAAGCCAGCUAUUCAGCUGGUUCUACCGGAACCAAGUCGGCUAAGAUAACAAAGAGGAGACGACCAAACCAAUGGAAAAGAAAAGCACAAGCUUUGCAAGCGGAUUUAGGGGGAAAACAGAGAGGUCCAAAUGAAGGAGAGGAUACGAGUGUGUCAUCGAAAAGAAAGGCGGUUCAUGAACCUAUUUGGACGGCUAAAGUGGCAAAACAUAACUUUAAUGAGGUGGUUCCGAAUGAGGAACCGCCGAAGCAAGUAUGA